UGUGUUGUCUGACGAAUAAAAGCUGUAGCCUAUAGAUCGGUGCGAGGCUUUUUAACCGGGUACAACCAGCCUGCCUUAAAGGAAACAUUUCGUCUUAAAUUUAGAGCAGAGGUUAUAACGGAACGAUAAAGGUUCUGGAAGCUAAGCAAACAUGAGCGACAAGGGGACAGUGUCACCGAAAGAGAAGGAGGCGACAGAGAAGAGGGGGCGUGGAAGACCCCGCAAGCAGCCCCAGGUGAAGACCUCUGACGAACCAAGUGGGUCCCCUACUCCAAAGAGGCCCAGAGGACGGCCGAAGGGCAGCAAAAACAAGACAACCGGCAAGGGCAAAAAGGCAACAGCACCCCCAUCUGCAGGGGGAAAACGCAGGGGAAGACCCAAGAAGGAGGAGAAGGAAGAAAAGGCGUCCCAGGAAUCAUCUGAGGAGGAGGAGGAGGAGGAAGAGGACCAGUAAUUCACAACGCAUGCUACCUCACUCAACAUACUGACUUACUGUUAACCAGAACUGGGCUGUAUCUCCAACACCAGUGCCACCACAUGACCACUGUUCACGACAAAGCCCUCUUUGCCAAAAAGGAGGGUUAACACAGUACAUAUAUCAUGCAACAGCACUGGAUAGAACGAUGGACCUUGCUCAAGCAUAGAUCUAAGAAUUACAUGAAAGGUAACAGCCCUUUUCUCUACAUGUCAUGUUAUCACAAGUCUUUUAUACUGGACAAAGGUGUGCUCUAAGGAGCCUGGACGUUUCCAUUUUUCCCCAAAAGAUGGUUUGUAGGACAUUUUCUCUGCUUAAUGUUACUUAUUUGUUGUACCCGCAUCUGAGAUGGUAGGGCAUAUAGAUUUUUCUCCGUGUUUUGUACUGGACAAAGGUGAAUUUUACCUAUACUUGCUUCUUUUUUUUUCUUUUUUUUCUCUCUCUCUCCCCUUUUUUUCUUUUUUCUUUGUGUUUGUUCAUGUGAAGUGGUUAACCUGUCCUUUGCAUCAUAUUAGAGAUGGAGUUGAGCUUCAGCGUUUAGGAUGAGAAUAGGUAACUGAUGGUGGAAAUGUUUUUGUUUUUUGUUUUUGUUUUUUUUUUUCCCUUCCCAUGUCUAAUCUGCAGAACUGAUUUUCGCCUCGUCUCACCAGUAGAGCAGAAUCAUCUUUACCCCCCCUCAUAGGACAGUUUAGAUUUUAGUUAUGCUUCUCAAACUUCCUUCUCAGUCCUCGGCGUGUAGUGGGGAGAUGUAAAGUGUAUCAUUAGUCAUCAGAAUAGUCUGAUCAGACUUACUGUUUUGUUCCUUCGGGUUACAUACCGUUUUAAAAAAAAAAAUAAAAAAAACAUGAGUGUGCUGCUUUUCAUGUUAUAAUAAAACUCAUCUUUUUGG